AUGCUUCUUUAUGUUCUCAAACAAAUGACUCAAGAUGAGCAAUCAAAGAAAGAUAUGCUUAACAAAUGUCGAGAUUAUUACCAAUUCGAUAGAAAACAGUUGGAAAAAAUCGAACAAUUUCGAAACAGUUAUAGUCGAGACCGAGCAAUCGAAUGGUAUACAAAUGAGUGUUUUCUUUACAAACUAUUGAACAAAGCUCUCCGCACUGAAGAUAUUGAAUUACUUUAUUCAUUCCGAUUCUUCAUUAUUGAUUUGUGUUUAGAAAUCGAACGAGAAAGUAAGGAAUUGGAUGUUGGUAACGGUUUAACAUUGUAUCGUGGACAAAUGGUUUCAGUCGAAGAAUUCGAAAAAUUGAAAAAGAAUGUGGGAAAACUCAUAUCAAUGAAUAGUUUUUGGUCUACUUCACGUAGCAUCCAAGUGGCUCGUGUAUUUGCUCCUGCAGAUACCAUUCCAGAUAACAUUCGUUCAAUUCUCUUUGAAAUUGAAGUUGAUUCGUCAGUGAAAACGGUCGUUUGUGCUGAUAUUAAUCACCGGACUCAAAUACCAGAAGAAAGAGAGGUUCUUUUUAGUCUCAAUUCUGUUUUUGAAAUUGUUUCUGUCAAUUUUGAUAAAGAAUUUGAUCUUUGGAAAAUACAAUUAAAAACAACUGAUGAAGGUUCUAAAAAUGUUGAAGAAUAUGCCAAAUCCAUUGAGAGAGGGGUGGACUACGAUUCACCAAUGAUCUACUUUGGUCGUCUUCUCCUUUAUGAAUUAAGUCAAAUUGAUCAAGCUGAGAAAUAUUUCAAGAUAUUACUCAAAUCAUUGCCGUCCGACCAUUCGGAUAUUGCAUCUGUGUACAACUGGAUUGGAGUUGUGCACGACAAAAGAAACAACUUUGAUCAGGCAUUAGAGUAUUAUGAGAAAGCCUAUGCAAUUCGUCAAGAGCAAUUACCAUCUGAUCAUCCGGACAUUGCUAAAUCACUCUAUGAUUUUGGAACUAUAGCCGAAAGAAAAAAAAACUUUGAUCAAGCAAUUAAUUACUACGCACAAGCAUUAAAUAUCGACGAGAAAAACUACAUAGUUGAUCUUGAACACAAAGCCCAAACUAUUAAAAAAAUUGGUAUGGUAUACAGACAAAAGGGCGACCUAAAUAUGGCGCUUGAAUAUGUGUAUCGUGCGCUCGAGAUGUUUCGACGUAUUCUACCAGCACAACAUCCUCAAAUUGCCAUGUGUCUAAUAAAUAUCGGGAUGGUUCAUCGCGAUCAAGGGAAUUUCGAUAAAGCACUCGAUUAUUUUCAUCAAAAACUCGAGAUGGAUGAACAAUGUUUACCAUCUGAUCAUCCUUAUCACUCUCGAAACUUUGACUUGGUUGUCAAAACUUAUCAAAAGAAAGGUGAGAUUGAGAAAGCUUUAGACUUUUGUCAGAAAAAACUUGGUGACCAAAAAAAUAUUCUUGGUGAGAAUCAUCCUCGUAUUGCUCAGAUGUUGAUGGCGAUAGCUAAAAUGCUUGCAGAUACAGCUCUCAAUCGAGCACUCGAAUAUUAUGAUGAAGCGCUCUCUAUUCUCGAACAAACAACACCGGCUGAUUGUGAAACAAUCACUCACUAUCUUGCAGCUAUGGAUAGUGUCUAUUCAAAAUAUUGCAAUCCAAUUAAUGCAUUACCACGUCUCCUCAAAGCGUUCGACUUGUCUCGCAGAAUACCGCAUUGUGAUCAUAUUAGUAUUGCAAAUAUUAGCAGAAAUAUUGCCUUACGUUAUGAAGACAUGAAGAAAUCGUCAGAGGCACUUUACUAUUUCAAUGAAAGUCUCUCGAUUUAUCAAGCUAGGUAUGGAGAACAACAUAAAACAGUGAGGUAUGUUAAGGCUCAUAUCGUCGAAUUGAGAAAAAAAAUAGAAGAUUGCUCUCAAAAUCAAAUCACUUCGGAACAAUGCCAAUGAAAAGUUAUGUAGAACUGUCAAUUUUACUCAAUAUUUCAAUUUAGAACCGAACACCUUUUUCACUUCAUCCAAUCUGUUUCAUUUACACUAAAGUCUUGACAUAUUAAAAGAAGCUCUAAAAGAAAUGGGAGUGGGUAUGGAUGUGCGUGUGGAGUGCGAGUGUUGGUGUGGGUGUGGGCGUGUGGGUGGGGGUGCGAAUGGAUGUGGUUGUGAGUGUGUGGGUGUGGAUGUGGGUGUGGGUGCGAGUGGGUGUGGGGGUGUGGG